UUUCUCUCGUGUGUGACACAUCACCUCAUGAAUCGCACAGGGAAGUGGAGGACGACCACCGUUCAUCAGAUAGGAUUUAUGAAGUGGAAGCAUGCUGUUGCGUAUUUUGCAGGGCGAGGGAACUCCUGUAACCACUGCCUUAUGACUACGAGCAUGAAUGUAGAAAUGCACCGAGAUGAGGGACCGACCAAUGAUUGAUAGUUUUUGCUGGGGAAAUAAGUAUGUCGUUGAAGAAGAUAUCGAUAGGACAAGUCGGUACUGUGCAUCAAACGCAGCCCUUGGAAUCUACGUUACAACAGUGCAGUACUAGAGAUCUUUGUAACAAUUUCAUCAGUAAAGAGUUAUAGAGUCGCCAUGUUCACUCAUUGUUGAAUACCCUGUACUGUCCUAAGUGUUGGUCAUCAUGUCAUCAGGGCCACAGAAGAACGAUGCUGUCUCAUCAAAUGAGUCUCCUGAAAAACAUUGCCUCGAUGAAACUCUGUUUCGGGACUUGUCUAGAAACAUCGGGAAAGAUUGGCAUCGACUUGGGACCACUUUGAGUUUUAGUGCUGCAGAGAUUGAGGCAUUCGUGUAUAACAACAGAGACAACCUGGAAGAACAAGCCUUUCAGAUGUUCAUUGCUUGGAGAAGAAAGCAAACCAACGACACUGAAGCAACGGGGUCAUUGAGGGCAGCAUUGGUUGAGAUAGAGCGUGCUGACAUGGCAGCUAGAUUAUCAGAUGGGGCUGGGUCUUAUGUUGAUGUAUUGACCUGCAGUGAAGAACUAGCUAACCAUUACAUCGAAACAAUGAAAGUCACGACGUACCCUUUGGCCAGGGAUCGAGCCAUGGGGAUGGCUGAACUUCAUGUCAACUUGCAACUCGUGAGAGAAACGAAUCGACUUGAGAGACAUCAUUCUCAAAACUCCAACUUGCAACCUGACCAAGAAAAGAUUCCAUUGGGUUCUUAUGAAGACAUUUUACAUCCCGAUGGUCCUGGUACAAAACGAAUCCUAGUCACAGCUGAGACUGGUUAUGGAAAAUCCACACUUUUGAAAAAGAUUGCCUAUGAUUGGGCUCUUAUUCAAUCCCCAAAGCGUCACCUUCUUUCACAGUCUCCCCUGGCGAUAUACAGGCUCUUAUUUCUCUUGAAUGUUAACCUCAUGAGUAAGGAUUUCAACUUCAUUGAUGCUAUAUUUUCUCAGAUCCUUACGGACUGUAACUACUUGACGAAAAAAGGUCUGAAAUCUUUCAUUCAGAAACAUCCAGAGGAAGUCCUUAUUCUAUUUGAUGGAGCAGAUGAGGUUUUGUUUCAGAUGUUAGACAGGGCAAAUGGGUUAGAUACUAUCAAAGGUGUCCUUUCUUUCCAGUCCUUCAAAUCCUGCCGAGUUAUUGUGUCUAGCAGACAGUUUACAGCUCUCAAGCUUCUCAAGUGGUAUCCACAUUUUACUCGGGUUAGGGUAACUGGUUUCAAUGAUGAAAACAGGCAAGAGUAUGUUGGGAAAUACCUGACCAACUAUGAUUCCAAAUACCAAAGUGAGCUCCUGAAGGAAGUUCAGGAGUCGCAAACCCUACGCACAUUAGGAGAGAUACCAUUGAUGUUCUGGUUGAUGUGUACCACGUGGGAGGAAUGCCAUAAGCUACCUGAUAGGGUCACAAAGCUGUUUAACAGUGCAGUAAGGGUCCUCUAUCAGCACAGGGUUAGUAAAAGCUCAGCAACUUGUUCCGACACCUUCACAACAGCAACAUUUGAUGACCUUAGUAAACAACUUGGAAAGGUAGCACUUGAGGGAUUGCUUAAUCCAAAUGGUGUCAAGCUCCAUUUUACACAGGCAGAGUUUGACUCUGAGAGGGUUGUGGCUUUGGGAUGUGAAGUUGGCUUGCUGGCCAACACCAAGGCUAUGCAUGAGUUGGAGGAAUUUGACUAUGUCACCUUCCUCCAUAAGACAUUUCAGGAAUAUUAUGCAGCAAUGUACCUUGCAAAUUUGGCAUUCUCUAACCCUGAGAUGUUCAGGAAGUAUGUGUCACAAAUUCUGGGUGGUAACAUGGACACCAUGGAGUAUUUACUUCGGUUCUGUUGUGGGCUGAAUUCAGUUGCUGCUGAAAUAAUCAUUGCCCUUGUAGGUGAGAAGCUAAGCCACAACGAGCUGGACACCUUCAUGAGUUUCCUUCUCAACUAUAUUCCGUAUAGAAAGAUAUUGUUGUUGCUUCUGUUCGAGGCCGAGUUGGAGUUCAUGGUGAGAGACUUUGCAGAUGCAGAUUGGGUUCGUUUUUCUGGUUUGCUUCAAGGUGAAGACCUCUUGGCUGUUCAUUAUUUUGUGACGACAUUGGACAGGACAAUUAAACUGCCACAUGUAUCAUACAUUUGUGCCAUUGGUCAUUCUUUGUCUGAUGUUGAACUUGUGAAGGACAUAAUGCGACAUGGCAUCACAACGAAGUCACUAGAUCUCAAUGGAGUCAACAUGAAUGGCAAGAUUGAUACUCUCAGAGAUAUUUCCAUGCAUGCAUUAUCUCUUUUUGUGGCUGACUGCAAUCUCAACAGCAAAGACAUCUCAAGGUUGUUUAGAAUGAUUUCAGAAACUGACAGUAUUACAGCAGUAGAUCUUAGUAACAACAGCUUGGAAAGUUUGCAAACUGAUGACAUCUGCUCUUCCAUGUCUGUCACGCUGUUAAAUCUAAGUGGAUGCAGUCUAACGAAAGACACUGUUGAUGUUCUUUUCCGUUUUCUGUCAGCAUUGAGCAAUGUCAAGAAGGUUAUUCUUAGUAGGAAUAAUCUCCAUGGCUUAACACCAGUUCAUGUCAGUCAGGUCCAGUCUCUGGAGUCCUUGAUUCUCAUAGAUUGCUCAUUACAGAAGAAUGAUAUGAGGGGUUUGUUCUACAUCAUGGCUGCUGUUGGUAACAUCCAAUGGGUUAGCCUGAGUAAGAACAACCUCUGCGGUCUUCAGAAAGCUACAAUCGCCCCAGUUUCAUCUCUUCUCUCCUUGGACCUGAGAAAUUGUGGGCUUGAAAACAGAAACAUGAAGCCACUUCUGUGUAUGCUGUCAAACCUGCCUAAUGUACAGAGAGUCAAUGUAAAUAACAAUGACAUUGACAAGGAGAUUCUUGCUUCUCUUGGUCUCAAUGCAUCUCCUGAAUUUGGGCACGAUGUCGAAUUUGUUGAAAACAGUAGAUAUGUUUAUAUCUUCAGUAGCAACAUGACAUACAUGAUCUCAAGGAACGCACUUCGACGGAGAUACAGUGCAAACUGUCUCCUGAUCUGAGGUCAUUGAACUCCCUCUUACCGGGAUACGGUGCAAACUGUUUCCUGAUCUGAGGUCAUGGAAUGCACUCUGCCUGAUUUACAGAGCAAACUGUCUCCUGAUCUGAGGUCAUGGAAUGCACUCUGACAGAGAUACAGUGCAGGCUGUUUCCUGAUCUGAAGUCAUGGAAUGCACUCUGACCGAUUACAGUGCAAACUGUUUCCUGAUCUGAGGUCAUGGAAUGCACUCUGACAGAGAUACAGUGCAGGCUGUUUCCUGAUCUGAGGUAAUGGAAUGCACUCUGCCUGAUUUACAGAGCAAACUGUCUCCUGAUCUGAGGUCAUGGAAUGCACUCUGCCUGAUUUACAGAGCAAACUGUUUCCUGAUAUAUUAAGUUUUUAUCCCCAUACUUUAAUGAACAAAAUAUGCUGCAUUCUUAAAUGUUCUACUUUCUACUCCACUCGUGCACCACAAUAGUAUAUUCACCCUUUACUACAUAACAAUAAUAAUUCUUGAUCAACGAUUGUAAGAUAUAUGUACACAGUCCAUUAAACUUCUUAAAGUGUCAAAUAAAAAAGUGCCUGUAUAAGAUGUGGUUUGAUGACCGGAUAUUUGCUUAUUUUCCUUUGUGGUACCUUUAUCAAAAUAGUUUGGGUAAACAAUAAUUGUUGACGAUUGUUCUUUUUAGAAAAUGUUUAAUGUGUAAUACUGAUUGAGGAUUAAUAUCAAUUUCAACUACACAUAAAAGGUCUGGUGUUUGGCAAUCGACUUCGUUUCGACUUCGAAAAAUUAAUGUAAAUAACAACUUACGUGGUAAGAAGUAGCAGCUUUGGAUAGUAUAAUGCAUCUUGAGAAACAUCACUUUUAAGUACCAUAAGUAGGCUAGUAUGGUUCGGGAAAAAUAAGUCACCAUCAUUUUAAUAUAAGAGGCGUUUCCACGGUAACGCUUCUAGGAUUUUGCAUUAGGGAUAAUUCUUCCUGCAUGAUAUUCACUCCGGUUUUUCGGUGAUAUCUCCAAAAGCCGACCACCUUUUAAAAUGAAAAUAUCAGGGGUUAGUUAUACAUAUAAUCUGCAUAGAUUGAAACAUUCGAAGGGUAUCAAACCAAACGUAUUCACACCAUUAUUUUUUAAAUCUCAUUGAAGAUGUGCUUUUGAGAAACGAGAAUCUCAUUUUUUCCCCGGAAUCACUCAGAAAAUUUGUCUUUCUUUGUUAAUUCCGUGCAAGGAGGAACAACAAAUCGAGAUGUUUGGUUUUGUUUCGUGUGUAUUUGGUGCUACGGAGAUUUGUUACGUUUCCUGCUUUUUAAUAAUUAGCAAGGGUGCGUUUUGGCGACCUCAACCAGAACCCCCCAAAAUGAGCUUUUCAUGAAGAAAUUUUGUAUGUUCAUUUUUGACUCACUGUUGUAGUUGUUUCAACAGAAUCGCAGCUAACAUGUUUGGCUUGGACCUGGCUUCAAUAGUAUUAGUAUUGUUGCUAUUUUUUUUUAAAAUAUCAAAAUUCCUUCUUAAUUGCAUUAAUCUACAA